UUGGAAUCGCCCGGUGAUUGAUAAACACUGACAUUUCAUUUACAACGGUAGUACGAGAAAAGUAUUAGUGUUUGUGUCGAAAGAAACUUAUUUCUAACAUAUUACCAAUAGAGCAGAGGUGAAUGAUACAGUGUUCCCAAAAUAUGGAGGAUUUUGAGUGUGUUUUUGUGUUUAAUUCGUGUUUUUAAGUGUUUCUUCUAAUGCUGACUGGGGUUGUAUUUUGGCAAGUCGCCAGUGUUGGAGGAUCGUCAGUGUCGUGUCUGUGGGACCCGGGCGCUGGUCUAAAUGUUUAAUGACGACCCAGGGAGUCGACAUGCUGAGGUACCUCACACAGAAAUUCAGAUCUCAGUCUCUAAACGAAAUCCAGCCUUUUCAAAAUAAGGGUGACGAGAACCACGAUUCGGGAACGGAGUCGGACGAGGACAUUCAAGAAUUGGACGAUGUAGACGACGCUAUUCCCAUUUGUUCCCACCAUUUUUGCUGCUCAUGCAACCAAACAUCCAUGUCAAGAACAACACACGAAAUCAGCGAACAUAGUCUGGACAGCAUUAGCUGUUCUUCGGACUACGAGCGACAGAGCCUCGACUUUGAGCGACACAGCUCGGAAGAGGAACUCUCAACCAUACACAAAGAACUCGCUUCUGAAAAACGGAAGUGGUCUCAGGUGCAUUCCGUUAGUUGCGACAGUACGGGAAGUGUUGAUGAAGAGGUCAAAGAGUUGAUGUUGGAACCUCAGCCGGUUAUGUUUAGUUCUUCGCCUCCAAAAAACGAUUCUGAAUGUAGUGUUUCGUUUGACCAUAAUAAUGAACAUGCGUGUGAUGAAACAAUACAGUUAAUUGUUGGACCAGAGUCUCAAACUUCUAAUUACCCAUGUGACAUAGUUUUAACAAAGGAAAACAAAGUGUACAAAACUUUUACACCUCACUCUAGGCUGUCUUUUCCAAAGGGUCCAGUCCCAGCAUUAAUUUCACCCAGAAAGCGACAUCGUAAGAUUUCAGUCUCAGAAAGCGGGAACGAAUACCAGUCAUCUGCUAUGAGACGACCGAGUCUCGACUUCGAGAAAAUGCAGAAAAAUGCGGUGAAAAAACAAUGUGUACACAGUGUUGGCAAAGCAAAAGUCGUAAAAAUCAAGACUGUUAGUGGAAGUAACGCUGUGACUUCUAAAUGUUUGUCGGACCCUGCAAUUUUCUCCUUCCGGUCCAUUAGCAGUGUCCGGUUUGGUCAGCUCACACCCGUAGAACAGCCACCGUGUGCAUACUAGUGACCAUGGGAACUCGCACAUGAAACGGCAUACCAUGGUUUGUUGGACGGAGAAAAUGACGAACCCGUGUGUGGUAAAGCCGGGACACGAACGUGUGAUAGCAUUGCACUACGAGAAUUGCUUUAAUUUUCUCAGGCAAAACUAUAUUUCUCAGGACAAGUUGGCAAGAGCAACGCUAAUGGGGGGCAGAGUGUAGCGGUAUGAAAGAGUUCGGAAAAGAAUGAAAGGUGCAACACUACGCAAUGAAGAAAACGAGGCGCUGUGUUCAAGACUGCUCGUUUCAUGUUUUGUUAUUUAGAAGAAAUUUUCUAACUAAAGUGACAACAAAAAUGGCAGACCAUCAUUAUAAAUGAUAUUCUUUACACGCUGUACGUUUCAUGGAGUUUAAACAUGUCAUGUUGCAUUUAUUUUCAUAUUGUCUAUAUUUGGUCAUGGAAAAUAUACGCACAGAAAUUUAGAACAUUUACACUGGCGAAUGUGUGUAGUAACGUAGUCCUUCCCACAUUUCUACCUCCGAUAUUAGAGAUUAGAUCAUGUCUUUCGACUGUUGUGUAAUCACUUGGUCACAUUUAUGUGUUGUUCUAAAUAUUUAUAUAUACUUUCUAAAGUUUUAUUCCAUUGUCAUGGUGUCAUUUUUUUAAAAAGUUUUUUUUUUCAGAUGGGUGCAAAUACAAAAAAAAGUUUUCGUGUUGUAAUUUUUGUAUUUACAUCCACUGAGUAAAUGUGAAAACUUACAGUCUAAUACGACAAAUGUCCAUUAUAUGUUUAAUGUAUAACGUGACGAGAUGGCGUCGUUUUAAUUUAUGAACGGCAUGCCCCCGAAAGAUAUAAACUCCCAUGUGUUUUAAAAACUUAGGGAUAAUACACUUUCAUCAAUAAUGCAAUGCAUAUUACGGUCACAGGGCGUCCUGUCAGAGACGUGCGUGUAAAUUACAGGUUUCUGGCCAUGAAUUGAUGAUUUGACUGAAACGGACGGAUUAAUUUGUUCCUUUUAUAGAUACGAUAACUUUAAACAUUGUUUGACAUACAUAGUACAUUUACAUUAGCAUCUCCAUAUUAGUUUGUGCAAUAUUAGAUCUUUUUCAAUUGAAUCAAUAUUUUUUUUAUUACGCAGGAGUUGAGAUCGCUGGUCGAUCACUUAUUAACAUAGUAAGUUUCACGUUUCUUUUGAAAUGACAUACAGAAGUGACAUACGCACAACGCGCACGUGUUAAAGAUGGAGUGGCAAAAUAUUUCAUUUUCGACGAUAUUUUUAGGAAGCCGUUGUCAAAUGUGUUAAAUACGUUAAUUUUGAUGUUGUCAAAUUAUACAUAUAGAUGGGUCGGUGGAUCGCAAUCGACAUUUAUCAUCAUGAUCCGACGCAGCUCUUCACCCGCAGCAGGAAACGAAAUGUGUCAUUGUAUAUACCCGAAAUAAUUGAAAGAAUACCUUACAAUUAUAUACGUCAUCUUAAUCUUCAGCAUUAUUCUCUGUUAACUAGAAUAACGUAGAAAUAUUGUGAUCAAACGACUGUCGGCGACCUGUAAAAAAAAUCUCUCUUUUGCAUAUCAAAGGAAUGAUUAGAGCCAGCGACAAGCUUACGCGUCAUUAAAUCCAGGGAAUAAAGCGGGAACCGGCAAUCAAUAACAAUUUUAUGUUUAAUAUACAUGAAUUAAAGUCCAUCAAAUACAGGUAUGACAAGCUUUGAAAAAUCAGAUAUCAAAAAUAAUAUCCCCACCAACCGCACCACGGGGGUGUCAGACGCGGAGGAACAAUGCACGGGUAAUUACAUUUAACCUUGACCUUAAUUGGCGGUUCUGGUUUCAAACAUAUUAAGAAAUGAGGUGAAUGAAGUAAAGUAAAAACAUAAGAAUUAUUUUGAAGUAUGUUUUCCUGUUAUGUGUCAGUUGAUGUUUAAUGUGUACGAUUCAAUUACUAUUGUAUAAGUGCAUUCUCAUGAUCAACAUUUACAUUUGGAUCCAGCAUGUCUACCUGUUGAACUAUAGGCACGUGACAGUGCCCCUCCCCUAUUUUGACAACGUAUCCCCCCCCCCCCCCCGUUAAAAUUACAUGCAAAGUUGAAUUCAUUGGCUGAUUUCUUCUUCUUUUUUUCUGAAGAAUUUUCAGACAAAUGUAACGUCUCUGGUCCCCCCCCUUUAAAAAACAAAUGUUACGUGUCCGCGAACUAUUCGUAAGUAAUAUAUACAUGUACAAGCACACAAGGGCUACGCAUGUAUCGUCGCCGGAAGUCUACUUACUAUAAUGUAUUAGGAAAUACGACAUUUGGUGACAAAAAAGGUCAUAGUCCCCGUGUUUAUGAACGAUGUUUUUAUCUGCAAGAUGACUGAAUUCAUAAUAAACUUCAAAAGAAAAA